GCAGCCUGCCUGAGGAGCCCCACCGCCCCACCUUUCCCCAUGGAGAAGGGACUCGUUCUGCCCCAGGACUGCUGGGACUUUGUGCACAAUCUCAGGAUGAGGAGCAAAUAUGCCAUUUUCCUGGCUUUUGUGGUGGUAGUUUUCGUCUUCAUUGAAAAGGAAAAUAAAAUCAUAUCGAGGGUCUCCGACAAGUUGAAGCAGAUCCCCCAAUCUCUGACAGAUGCAAACGGCACGGAUCCGGCCCUGGUCCUGGCCGAGAACGCAUCCCUCCUGUCCCUCAGCGAGCUGGAUUCAGCGUUCUCCCAACUACAGAGCCGCCUGCGGAAUCUCAGCCUGCAGCUGGGUGUGGAGCCAGGGGCGGAGUCCACAGGAGAGGAGUGGGAGAGGGAGGAGGAGGAAAGGGAGCCGCCCGGACCUGCCUCCUCCGGACCUCGGCGCCACGUGCUCCUCAUGGCUACCACCCGCACUGGCUCUUCCUUCGUGGGUGAGUUCUUCAACCAGCAGGGCAACAUCUUCUACCUCUUCGAGCCGCUGUGGCACAUCGAGCGCACCGUGUCCUUCCAGCCGGGAGGCGCCAACGCCGCGGGCUCAGCCCUGGUCUACCGCGACGUGCUCAAGCAGCUCUUCCUGUGUGAUCUGUACGUCCUGGAGCACUUCAUCAGCCCGCUGCCGGAGGACCACCUGACCCAGUUCAUGUUCCGCCGCGGCUCCAGGGACCCUGUCUGCACGCCUUUCGUCAAGAAGGUCUCCGAGAGUCCCCGCCCCAAACCCCGCCGCUGCGGCCCCCUCAACGUGACCCUGGCGGCCGAGGCCUGUCGCCGCAAGGAGCACAUGGCUCUCAAGGCCGUCCGCAUCCGGCAGCUGGAGUUCCUGCAGCCGCUGGCAGAGGACCCGCGGCUGGACCUGCGCGUCAUCCAGCUGGUGCGCGAUCCCCGGGCCGUGCUGGCCUCCCGCAUGGUGGCCUUCGCAGGCAAGUACGAGUUUUUUAGGAGGUGGCUGGCUGAGGGGCAGGCCCGGCUCAGAGAGGAGGAGGUGCAGCGGCUGCGGGGCAACUGCGAGAGCAUCCGCCUGUCGGCCGAGCUGGGCCUGCGCCAGCCCUCCUGGCUGCGGGGCCGCUACAUGCUGGUGCGCUAUGAGGACGUGGCGCGCAGGCCGCUGCAGAAGGCGCGCGAGAUGUACCGCUUCGCCGGCAUCCCCCUGACCCCGCAGGUGGAGGACUGGAUCCAGAAGAAUACACAGGCGGUGCGCGACGGCAGCGGCAUCUACUCCACACAGAAGAACUCCUCGGAGCAGUUCGAGAAGUGGCGCUUCAGCAUGCCCUUCAAGCUGGCGCAGGUGGUGCAGGCCGCCUGUGGUCCCGCCAUGCAGCUCUUCGGCUACAAAUUGGCACGGGAUGCCGCCGCCCUCACCAACCGCUCGGUCAGCUUGCUGGAGGAACGGGGCACCUUCUGGGUCACGUAGGGUGCCUGGAGUCCCGCCUGCCCCUCCUCGUGAAAGGCCUGCCCUGCCUUUCUCACACCCAGGCCAGCGGUGGGAGGCGGCCCUGGCAGAGGGCCGUGGAAGCUGUGCCCGGAGCAGGCACCCCUCGCUGUAGCAGUAGGCGCCCCCAGCCAGCUAGCUUCCCCGCCGCUGCAGCCGGGGUUUCUCCCUGAGAACAGGGCGGUGCCCCGACCCCUUGAGGGGUGUCGCAACCAGACCUCUGAGAGCCUGGGGCUCCUGAGAGGGCCCAGGCAGGCUCGGGUCUAUUGAUAAACCUCUCCCUGUCUCUCUCUCACACACACAGAAACAUACAUGAAACACACAUUAAUGCUCGGAGAGCCUGUGGGAGGCCACAUGUUUAAAGACCAGAAGGGACUUAGACACUGACCGUCAGUGGGACCUCCUGCUUUCCUUACUCAGUGUGAGUCUUUUAGUUCCUGCAUUCCCAAGGCUGGAUCCUGGGUUGAUCCUUGGAAAAAGGCCCAGACAAUCCAGGGUGUCGGAGUGACAUUUGAGGUUCUGCAGAUGACAGUACAGAAUGAGUCAGUAUUUCAACAAAUGGGAUAGCUAUGCUGGUCACUAGUGAAUGUCAGCCCUGGGUAGAGCUGUAGCACACACACACAUAUAAAGACACACUUGCACACACCGCACACACACACACACACCCUCACAAAUAUCUAUGAACUUCCCGUUGCUUUAUUCCUGCAGGGUUUAUCUGGAUCACCCACCUACAGAGGAGCCUUUAAUUACAUUUUGGGAUUAUUUGGAAGCAGAGGGUCUGUGGGGAGUAAGAAAAAGGGUCAAGGACCGUGCUCAGUUCCUUGAUGGGUUUGGGGCUGAACAGUGGAUUCAGAGCUGCCUGGGUCUGCAGCCCCUGCAUUUGGAUUCUCGUGGCUCCCUUCCUGGCACAUCCACUGCCUGAUGGCUGGUCGCAGGAUGUUUUGAAGUGGGGUGUUACCCCCAUGAGACUGCGGCCUUGAAUUUUCAUCCAGCUCACUGGCUCUCUAUGUGAAAGCCACCUGGGGUCUGCCUGGCAGAAACGGCUUUGGUCCCAGAGGCAAAAGGCAGCUGCUGGGCUCCGGUCCUCUGGGGCAGGGCCAAGAAGAGAGUGCAGUGCUCCUGGGGGAGAAGUCACAUCGGUCCACCCCUCCCCUGAGAAGCCUGCCUUCUCCCUCCAGGACAGAGGUCAGCCAACCAGUUGCCAUGGUUACAACUAGAGUCUCAAAUUCCCCCUUUAGGCUCUGGGAAGAGUAUUGCUCAACUCAGGAUGGGCUGGGUGCUUUAUUUGGGGCUUUAAGUUAUUUAUGGCUUAGUGUCCUUGUGUUGUGGUUGUUUGGGGUUUUGUUUCUGCUGGAGUGCCUCUGGGAAGCUGACUGGUUUUGAGGGCCUGAGGGAGACUGAGAAACCAGCAGGGGGCACUUGGCUCCUGGCGCAGGGACAGGACAGAAGGAGGAGCCUUCUUCCAGAAGGAUCUGAAGCCUACUUGGCCAUGUGGCAGCCCACAGCACCCCACUGUCUUUUCUGUUUAACCCCAUGUAGAAUGACUCUCAGAAACUACCAGAAGCAGCACAAAUUAGCAGCCCUCACCCUCUCCCUGAGAAGAGGCUAGAUUUCAAAAUCCCUUCCAAGCCUUGACGUGUUUCUGGGGUGCGAGGGGCCUUCUGACCAAGCAGUGCUUGCCCCUACUCUCACCCCACACCCAGGAGCAGAACUCAGUACUGCCCAGGAGCUCACAGGGAGGUGCGGCAGUUCACUGAGGGCUCCCAGCUCUACUUCUGAUUUCCUGGACAACCUCUGUGUCAGAUAUGUCCCGUUGUCAAACCCAGAGGGCUGAGUUUUGGGUUAAUUUCAACACCAGAGAAGUGCCACAUCUGAGUCCUGCAGGAAGUCGCUGUUUGGAAAGGCGAUGACGGUAGCUGUCUUGUGGGAUUUGUCAUAACCAGCGUGCAGGAGCCGCCAGGUCUCUCACCAGGCACUUCGGUCCGCUCCAGGGCUUACAGUGCAAGGCUAAGUUGCGCAGGGAUCUGGCUCUAGUUUGGGAUGCAAAGGGGUGUCAGAUCUGAAAACCUCAUGGUGGCACAGAGUGGGACCAGAAUGUUUCUGGCAGGUCCAGAAGUGCUGGCGGACCUACCCAGCCCCUGCCCUGAUCCUUCUCUGUUCCCCACCUCAGGAUGUGGGGGGGCUCUUCCUAGGGGCCCUCCUAGUGCAGACAACAGACUUCUCCUCCUUCGUAUGCCUCUGGGGCCAAGGCCUCCAUCUCUCUGAGGAUGGUACCAAGAGUGGAGUUUUGGGACUUCUCAGGACAUUGACAAUGUGCACGCUGCACAAUGAUGUAAUUUAUUUAUUUUGUGAAAAGAAGAGACAGAAAAUACCAUUUUAUUUGCAGGGACUCAAAGCUGUACCCAAAUCAAGAAAGACAAUAAUAAUAAUAACUGCUCACGUGCGCCUUACACACGGGACACCUGCGGAUGAUCCAGCAUACCAGAGAGCAGAAACCAGCACCCCGAUGGCCCCAGGACAUUGUUUAAGGAGAGUCCUCGGUUUCUCUCACAGAGUUUGUCUGUAUCACGCACCGGAAGAGGAGCCUUUAAUUACCUUUUAAGAUGAUUUGGAAGCAGGGGUUAUGUGGGGAGUAAGGCAACGGGUCAAGGGCAAUGAUUUGAAGACUUGAAGAUGUAACGUUAGGGUCCUUUCUGCUGUAUUGCCUUUGCCCAUGUCUGAGAUGGGAACUAUUCAAGUGGGGUGGUGUUACCCCUGGGAUCCCCCCAGGAUUUGAGAAGAACAGGGUUGGGGUAGCUGCUGGCUUUACACCCCAUGGAUGUGGUCAGAGUCAUGCAAUUGGGGUUUUCGGUGUGGAGCCAGGAUGGAGAAGGUGGUCUGGGGUGGGGCAGUGCCUCCCUUCCCAGUGAGGCCAGCCCUGGCCUUUCCUCUGUUCCAGCUGCUCCCCUCCACAGGGCUCCCCUGCAUGGAGACGCAGGGAGUGGUUGAGGCUCUCCAUCGGCCCACUUCCCCAGCACAGAGGCCCAUUCAGCAGUGUGUUUACUUGUUUUCCUUCUUGAUGAGCCUUCUUUAGCACAGCCUAUACAAACAAUUUAGAACAUUCCAGGCCUCGGUAAGCCAGGGUAGUGUCCAACACCCGCAGACUGUCGCCCCUGCUACCCAUUCCUGGCUUCCCCUCUGGACCUCGUUAGUCAACUAUGGGUUUACUGUGGGUUGGAGGAGGGCAAUGGGGGUCCUUGGGAGUAGUCAGUAGAGGGUAGGUCCUGAGUCCCUGCAGGAGUAGUCAGUGGGGGGCAGGUUGUGAGUCCCUGCAGAGAGGGAAAAAGAAGCCCAAACGUGCAACUGUAUAGCAUCCCCCCCGCAGGUGAUCACUAGUUGACCUACGAAGGCUGAGGGACACAGCAAAUCUAACUUGUCCUCUCUGUGAUGCACACGCGUGAAAAGAACAGAACAGGACAGAAACAUUGAAUGAAGAGGUUACUCCCUGGCUGCCAGCACCCUCGGCCUGGGACCUGCUGCCAGAGGCUAGUGUAGGGACUGCUGCUGACCGAACCCCGAAGAACAGAGGGUGCCAUCGCAGUGGCGGAUGAUGCAGCCCCUCCAGCAGGAGGUCAUGGAAUCCCGUCCCGGAGGGUGAACUGGCCUGCAUGGGACGGAGGAGAUAGAAGCAUUAAAGGGUCUGAUCCUGGCCUUAAAGGUAUCUUCUGGCCCUGAGUGACUCCCAUGCUGGGGCUCGCCCUUGCUAAGCCCGGCGCUUUGAAAGCCAGGAGAGAAGGCUGGAUGGCUGAGUCUCCCAUCCUCAUUCCUAAAGGCCGAAGGUGAAGGCAAGUCCCAAACGGAUGGUUCCAGGGGCUGGGAGAGCUCAGGGGAGACAGGGCGGGGAGGAGUCGGAGCAGCAGGUACCUACAGAGGCCAAGCAGGUCUCUUGAUCUGGACAAACUGGAAGAAGGAACAUCUGCUCAAAUCCAGGGGCCUCGAGCUGGUUUUGCUAGUGAAGAUUCUUAGGACAUGGGUGGCCCAACCAGGAUGGGGAGAAGACCAGGGUUCGCUGAGGUCAGCCGCAUCACCUGUCAGCUGCCCAGUUGCAGAAAUAGUGGAAGCCGUCCUUUACCUCAAAAGCAUGAAGCAGAACUGGCAACUUCAAACGUCUUAAGUGCUUCAAGAUCCUUUGAUCUUGUGUCGUCCUGCACCCGAUGACUGUGGGGACGAAUUCAUCCUCCCCCAGGAUGCAGACGGCGCCAUCCUGGUGGUGGAGCUUGUGUCCUCCCAGGCACUUUACUGGGGACUAAGACAACCCAACCGGCCCACUUCCCCUAACACUGGGCUUGGCCGGGGCUCCCCCGAGGUCUCCAGCUCCUUAGUGUACUGAGGCAUAUUGCCUGCUCCCUGCUCCAUCCUCGAUCCUACAGACCAUCUUUUGCCAAGCCCUCAGCCCUGUGUCAUGUUGCAUGGCCACACGUACAGGCUACCCCUUGCGGCAUAUGUGGCCAUGGCAUGUACGUAUGUAUCCACGCGUGUGCAGCACAGCGUGUGGCUCAUUCUGCCCAGCCUCUGGCACCGUCUCACAUUUCUCCCAGCCCCCUAGCUGCCGUAGUCAUCCCAGAUGUCCUUGCUGUGGCCACAGAUAAUCUGCUGUUUCCUGGAGACGCAGGGGCUGCCCUUCAAAGAGCUGGCAGCGCUGGCAGGCAGUCUGCUUUGCCGAAUACAAUGUGAACCCAUCCCUGAUGGCUUACUUGAUUUAUUUAAUUAAAGAUGAAAAUGCGCAAUGAGUAA